ACAUGACUGAUUUGCCAAUGCAACGUGCGGAGUGUACAAUCAUUGGUACAAUAAAUAAUUGUAAUUAAUUAUUAUUAUUAAUACUAUUAGUAAGUGUUAGAAUUUCUUAUUUCUUAUAAAAUAAAGUAUAAUAUAAAUAAAAUGUCAAACACAAAAGAAUUUUUUCUUUCGGUUGUACAACGUAUUUUCAGUAAUUGGACUGCAUUAAGAAUGGUAGUGGAACAUAAUAUGGGUACAAAAAAAAUGGUAAUAGAUUUUUGCUCGUACAUGACAGAGGUUAUGUACAUGAACGAAGGUCUGAAUGUUAGCGAAAUUGCCAAUGAAUUAGAAAAGUACAUAGAUGAGCAAUUCAAUACAGAACUUGAAGAUAAUAGUUCAGAGCAAGUUGCAGAGGAAUUAUUGAGAUUUUAUCGGUAUUGUAUUGAAAGUCAUGAAAGCUUGGCAGUGACAGAGUUUGCAAAAUUGUCGCCGCUACAAAAAUGGCUGGAUAUGAAUAAACCUGCAAAAGAAAUCCAAACUGUUUGUGCUAUGGAAACUGAUAGUUCUGAAAGUGAGAAAGAAACAUCUGACGAUAUGAAAGUUGUGGAUGAAUGGACAGAAGUGACACGUAAACGGAGAAGAUAACUAAAAUUUAUUAUUUUGAAUGGUACAUUUUUCUUUUUUUUUUUUAUAAAAGUAAGAAUUAACAAAGAAUGUACAAACUUGUUUACAGUACAUGUGCAUUGUUUGUAAUUGUAAUUUAUAUUCUAAAAUCUUGUAACCAAAUACUUAUCUAAGCAGUCUUUAAAACAUUGUCAAAUUUUAUUUAGCAGUACCAAUCCCUGCUUCUGAAACAGUAGAAAUCACUAAAAUAUUAAAAAAAAAAAAAAUAUUUUGUAAAUG